UCUUCAAAACAAACAUGGCUAGUGUGACGAUUGAGAAUUCGGAAGUGAUUCCAGCAAAGAAAUUAAAAUUAGAUACAACGAAUGGAGAAACUCUUCACGAAAAUAUAAAAGACUUAUCAGACUUUAAAAUCUCGAGCGUUUUACAUAACAACACAAACAGAAAAACGGUCAGUUUAAGAGGAAACUUCGAAUCGAAAGUGGGAGAAGCCGUUGUUAUUUUAGAAAAGACCGCGUUCUCCGCAGAUGGUUUAUCGAAUUUUACGGAUAACGGCCAGCUAGAGAAAGUUUUUCACAACGAUAUCUACGGAAAUUAUAAAUAUUUCCCUGUUGUCGAGCUAAAUAGUAUUAAAACAACUAUUAUUCAUCCUGCUACAGAGAAGCACAUUAUUAAAUAUUCGUCUCAGAAUACGUACAUGGUGGAUGAGACACCGGAUAUCUAUAACAAGUUUGUGUUGCCCCAUCUCCUAGAAGAAAAAUUUGAUCUAACAUGGGUUUACAAUAUUUUGGAGCACGUUUCUGAAUCAGACAGAAUCCUUGUCGAAGAUCCAGACCCAAUAAAUGGCUUUGUUAUGGUACCUGAUCUGAAAUGGAAUGGUGAAAUUGAUACUUUAUACUUCCUGGCUAUAUGUAACAAUAGAGAUAUUAAGUCUGUUCGAGAUUUAAGUGCUGAACAUAUCCCAUUGCUUGAAAAUAUAAAGGAAAAAGGAAUUAAUGCUAUUGAGUCAAAAUACGGACUAGAUAGUUCACAGUUGAGGAUUUAUUUCCAUUAUCAACCCUCUUUUUAUCAUCUUCACGUACAUUUUACCUACCUCAAACAUGAAGCUCCAGGUAUACUGGCAGAAAGAGCUCAUAUGCUUACUACAGUGAUAAACAAUAUAAAAUUGGUCCCUGACUAUUAUAAAACCACUAUACCCUAUGUUGUUCGAGAAAAUGAUAAAUUAUUCUUGAAACUAAGUAAGGAAGGUAUUUUAAAGAAACAAGAGAAAAACAGGAUGAUUGAGUCAGGAUUUAUAGAGUAUCGACCUAAGUUGCAAAGCGCCAAUCUUUUUAUUAAACUUGCUAAAAACUAUUCAGGAAAUUUUAAAGUAAAUUUGUUUGAGGAUAAUUUUGAAAUUAAAAAAAAAACAACAUUUUUUGGUAGAUUUUAAGAGAUUUAAAGCUAUUCCUUCAACUUUAUCAUCUUUAAAAAUUUCAGAAAAUAAUAUAUCUUGUAUUUUUUACCAAUUCUUCUGAUAGGGGUAGUUUUAAAUCUGAGGUCCUUCAAAAAAAUGGUUCUUCUUCCAGUAUUGUUUUGAAAAAUAGAUAUUUUUUUGAAAAAAAUCUCAAUUAUAUGGUCAAAUGUAAGAGUUGUGAAAAUAAUUUAAAUAAUAAUGUAAUAACUUUUGAAAGAGUCUUACCAUUACCAUAGAAUACAAAUAAAUUUUUACCAUAGAACCAAAUAAAUCUGACAUUUUUUAUUCAAAUUGUUUUAUACAUCUAUGUAAAGAAAAUAUUCAAAAUAUUAGAGAAAAAGAUAAUGUAGUUGUAUGUAAAUUUUGUUUAGCAUGGUUGGGCGUAAUUUAUAAACAAAAUACUUUAAAAUUCUGGCUAAAUACCAUGUAUUUUCUAAGUAAAAAUGGCAAAAUUCAAACGGAUCCAUUACAGGAUGUUUUUAUAUCUAUUAAGGGUGUUUUACAAAAUAAUUUGUUCAAUUCUGUAAAGACAAUUUUAAAAUAUACUAUUUCGGACACAAAAUCUAAUCACUUGCUUAUUUGGAUUUUGGAAAAAGAAUUGAAUCUAGCACUAUACGAAGGAGGUAGUGUACAUUUUUUAUCUGUUGCCAAAGUUCUGUUUAAAUUCGUCGAAAAUUCAGAUUAUGCAAUCCUCUUGCAGUGGAAAUCAGAGGUAAACGUAGAUAUUCUAGAAAUUUCAAAACCUAUGAUGCUUGAAGUGCUACAGCAUUUAUACAAGUAUAACAAAAUUUUUCCUGUAGAGUUUUCGAAAACAAACGAUUUUUCUAUUUCUUAUUUAAUGUUAAGUUGAAACCAAAAAAAAAAA